AAACACCGCAAACGGUUAUUAUUUAAUUGUGUUGUAUUCUUUUCUGAUAUGAAACCAAGAAAGAAUAACUGCACUGAAUGAUUUGUUCCGAUCUCAUUCAGCACAUCCCAUUAUAUCACGUGAUAGCGCGACAUUGCAGCACGCGUUUUCCCAGGCAGAAGCGCGGGUUUGAUCUGCGACGCAGAACUGAAUCUACACCACUCCUUCGAUUGUCAAGGCAUUGGUAUACACAGUGGACGCUCAAGGCGCUCGCAAGACAGUCACUAUCAUGGGCGCCGAUAAUGAGCUCUCCGAAUUCGAAAAGCAGCGUCUCGCGAACAUCGCCGAGCGUGAUGCGCUCCUCAAGAAGCUGACCCAGGACGCCCAGUCGUCCGGCCUCUUCCCACCCAAAUUAGCGAGAAGCUCACCAGGGGGUCAGACAAAGCCGAAGAAGAAGCCUCCUCCGAAGAAGAUUAAGAAGGAAGAUGAGGACCUAGUACCGCGGCGCAUGUCCUCGCGGUUGAGAGGGCUCGCGGCGGAUAGCGAGGUUGCGAAACGCAAGGCGGACGAGCAGUACGAGGCUGCGCAGCAGGCGGAGCGGGCGAAGAGAGUUCGCAAGUCGGAUGCGUUCUCUUUCAGUGAGAUGCUUGUGUCCGGGCAGAAGCUCAGCGGUGACAGUCUAAUCGGGGUGGAUGUGGUGACGAAGGGAGUUGCGAUGCCGUAUCAGCGGACUUUUGGUGAUGAGGAUAUCAAGAAGACGACAGAUAAGGAGCUGAAGGCGCUGAGGGAGGAAAUGAGCGGGUUGCGGCUGUGGGAGGCGUGGGAACCUCAUCGCAUCAAGCUCACCCCCGAACGAAUCUACACGAUGACGUUCCACCCAUCAGAGGCCAAGCCCUUGAUCUUCGCCGCAGACAAGAUGGGCAACCUCGGUGUCCUAGACGCCUCGCAAGAGAAGCCAAUCUCAGCCGUCAAGCAGGAAGACGACGAAGACGCAGAGGACGAUGACCCAGACCCAGUCCUGACCACUCUCAAACCACACACACGGACCAUCAGCUCCAUGCACAUCCACCCCUCAAAGCCAACCCAUCUCUACAGCGCCAGCUACGAUAGCUCCAUCCGCGAGCUGGACCUGGAAAAGACGACCUCAGUCGAGAAAUACGCCCCAGAGUCAACCUCAGAUGACAUCCCCAUAUCUGGCAUCGACAUGGCAGCCGACGACCCCAACACCCUCUACUGGACAACCCUAGACGGCGCCUUCGGCCGCUACGACACCCGCGCCUCGCGCAGAAGCGCCGUAGCCACCUGGCAACUCUCCGAGAAGAAAAUCGGCGGCUUCUCGCUCUUCCCAACCCACCCGCACUUCUUCGCAACCGCCUCUCUCGACCGCACCAUGCGACUCUGGGAUAUACGCAAGCUCUCCCACGAGGAACCCGUUCCGGUAGGCGAGCACGUCAGCCGGCUCUCGGUCUCCCACGCCGCAUUCAACAGCGCCGGCCAGAUCGCGACAUCCUCCUACGACGACACGCUCAAGAUCUACGACUUCGGUUCCAAGGGCAUCGCCUCCUGGAAACCGGGGCACACCCUCUCCGACGCCGAAAUGAAACCCGACACUGUCGUCCGCCACAAUUGCCAGACGGGACGAUGGGUGACCAUUCUCCGUCCACAAUGGCAAGCAAACCCGCAAUCCCCUAUCCAGCGCUUCUGCAUCGGAAACAUGAACCGUUUCGUAGACGUGUACAGUAGCUCCGGUGACCAGCUCGCUCAGUUAGGAGGUGAGGGUAUCACCGCCGUUCCUGCUGUGGCUGUCUUUCACCGCAGCACGAACUGGAUCGCAGGCGGUACUGCCAGCGGUAAGAUAUGUCUGUGGAUGUGAGUGCACUUCGGGAGAUGGCGAUAGACACAUGUGGCUGUUGCGGAUAUUGUUUGGCAUUCUAGUUUAGGGCUUUUUGAGUGGCCGUGUUUUGAGGUGUAUAUCUACUUGCAAGUAUCCCCAUGAUAAGCGUAUGUGAGCGACGGGAGUUGAACACGAUUCAGUCUCGGAAGACAGAUUGAUCCCUUCACUCGUCUACAAUCCAUA